AACACGGAAACGUCCACGCUCCUAUCAGCCACAAAAGACAAUAAAACACCUCAAAUGUGAGCUGCAGGAACGUGAGCCAGCAGCAACAUUUCCAACUUGCAGGAGCCGCUCACUCUGUGCGUCCACACGCUGCGCGCCACCCUCUAAGGGGCUUGUGCGUAACAGGGUUUGGCGCACGGCGUAAACAAAAGCACAUCGUCAGUGUCGGUGGCAGCUCAGUCUGAGAGCCACGAGUGGGUGAAGUGAACAGUCAUUUCCUUUGCUCCGUCCACACAGAAAGUGGACUUUUCCUCUAUUAGCAGGUGAAACCGCAGACAUGGGAUCAAACAUCACCGAGCUGCUGCGCCGGAUGGACGUCUAAGGUAGCGUUUCGUGGAGGAAACCAGCUUGUGGAGAAUAAGAGGAUUCAGUGGCCAUGCCGUGCGUCCAGACCCAGUGCGGCUCCUCUCCGCAGGGAGCCAGUCCAGCCUCCCAGAGCGCCGGCGGAGAGCGCAGCUGCGACUUCCUCACGCCGGAGUUCGUCAAGUUUAGCAUGGAUCUGACCAACAGCGAGAUCUCCGCCGCGGCGUCCGGCUCCGGCUUCGGCCCCUUGGUGGACACAUAUGGCUCCGGGUACGACGUGAAGCCGCCGUGUCUCUUCCAGGUGCCCGUUCAGGCGGAGCUGCCGUGUGUAAAGGUGGAGGAUGGGUGUCCGCGGUACCAGCAGAGCCAGCAUCACCCGCAGGACGAGCUGCUCUCCUCCCCGAGCUCCGUGUACUAUUACCGGUCUCCGUCCCCGCACUCCUCCAUCAAACCCAACUUCCAGACGCCUCCGGGACACAUGUGGGAGGACUCCGGCUCUCUGUACAGCUUCCGGCAGGACUACUUGGCAGCGGCGGCGCACCGGAAAAACGCGCUAUCCAGAUUCUCGCUGUUUUCCCUCAAACACGCGCCACAGGGAGCUCAGAGUUUGUCCGCCUGUCAGGUGAAGUUUGACGGAUCCCUCCACGUGUCCAUGAACCUGGACGCAGGAGGAGCGCACCAGCCGCUGGACGGCCCGGUUCUGGGGAAGCAGCCCGGCGUGGGCUUCCCUCACCCCCUGCAGCUCGCCCACGGACACCACUUUGUGGAGUACCAGAGUUCCGGGGCGGCCGGCAGAGGAGCGCUGAGCGCGGAGGGGCUGUGCGCGGUGUGCGGAGACAACGCAGCCUGUCAGCACUACGGGGUCCGAACCUGCGAGGGAUGCAAGGGCUUCUUCAAGCGUACAGUGCAAAAAAAUGCCAAAUAUGUGUGUUUGGCUGCCAAAAGCUGCCCGGUGGACAAACGCAGGAGGAACCGAUGCCAAUAUUGUCGCUUCCAGAAGUGCCUCACCGUGGGAAUGGUUAAAGAAGUUGUGAGGACCGACAGUCUGAAGGGUCGGAGAGGUCGCCUCCCGUCCAAACCUAGAGCUCCUCCGGACUCGUCUCCGGCCGGCAGCAGCCUCCUCGGCGCCCUCGUCAGGGCCCACGUGGAGUCCAACCCUCUGCCGUCUCGCCUCGACUACUCCAGAUUCAAGCAGAGUCCGGGGAGUCCGCCGGCAGACGACGCUCAGCACGUCCGGCAGUUUUACGAACUGCUGACCAGAUCGAUGGAGGUGAUCCGAGGCUGGACGCAGAAGAUCCCUGGAUUCACCUCCCUGCCCAGACAUGACCAGGACCUGCUCUUCUACUCAGCCUUCCUGGAGCUGUUCGUCCUCAGACUGUCGUACAGGUCGAACCCCGAGGAAGGGAAGCUGAUCUUCUGCGACGGCUCGGUGUGGCAUCGGCUGCAGUGCCUCCGAGGCUUCGGCGAGUGGAUCGACAGCAUCGUGGAGUUCUCCUCCAACCUGCAGAGGAUGAACCUGGAUGUCUCCACCUUCUCCUGCAUAUGUACCCUCGCCCUGGUCACCGAGCGUCAUGGCCUGAAGGAGCCCAAGAAGGUGGAGGAUCUGCAGAACAACGUGGUCCGAUGCCUGAAGGACGGCGGCUCGACGGACGGAGGCUCCAGCUGCUGGUCCAACCACCUGUCCAGGCUGCUGGAGAAGCUGCCCGAACUUCGCACUCUGUGCAUCCAAGGCCUGCAGAGGAUUUUCUACCUGAAGCUGGAGGAUCUGGUGCCACCGCCUGCAAUGAUAGAUAAGUUAUUCCUCGACACGCUGCCGUUUUAGAGCCACGGGAGAACACACACGGGGACGUUUUUCUGCAGUUUUCUCAGCGACGGCGCCUCUUUCGCUUCAAUCCCAACAUAAUUUCUGACUAUUUGGGCUUUGUGGACCACAUGAGGACAUUUUAAAACUAGAACAGAGCUGGUGGAUCAAAUGUUUGAGAAGGAGAAGCAAUUCGUUUCAAGAAUUGUGGCCACUUAUCCUGGAAGCAUGCUGAUGAGUCUUCAAGAUUCCAAGACUGAAAUAAUGAUGAGAUUUUUUUUGAUUAUUAUUCUUUACGUUGUGAGUUAAGCUCAAAAUGAAGGACUGUGAGUGAAUAAAACUACGUGUUCAGCAGGUGAGCAGCCUUAUUUUACACUUCUCAGCUUGUAUAGACGCCUUUUGAUACGAGACGUUCGUCAUGUUUAGGUUUGUUCGAACGUUUAUUAGUCAAAUAGUGAUUAAGACUCUGUUGUGUUCUCACAGUAAGCUGUCAUUGUCCAUGCUUUAAUAAAUAAAUGACUGCCAAUGAA